UUGGGAGUGAUCUAGGGUUUUGGAGAACUAGGGCGGGCUUUCGCGCGUGGGGGGAGAGGGUGCGCAGCAGACGACGCAAUGGAUGACGAUUGGGACGCCGAAGAUUUCGUUCCGCCGCCGCCUAUUGUCUCCAGGGAGCAGCCGAAAUCCCAGUGGGACGACGAAGACAAGGAGGAGGAAGCUCAAGUGAAGGAAUCAUGGGAGGAUGAGGAGGAAAAGCCGGCACCAGCUCCAAAGCCUCCCAAGGCCGAGAAAGCCGAGAAAGCCGAAAAAACCGACAAGAAAGGAAAGAAAUCCGUGCCCGCCGCUCCACAAGAGCAAAAACCAGAAGAACAAGCGCCAUCUGAUCCUUUGGCCGAGAAGCUUAAACAACAAAGACUUGUUGAAGAGGCUGAUUAUCAAGUGACGACAGAACUCUUCGGCAAGGAAAGCCGGGGCCGGCCUUUCGAAGGCUUCCUCCCAAAAUCGGAAGCGGACUUUAUAGAGUACGCGGAUCUCGUUGCUCGCGAGCUAAAGAAUUAUGAGACGAGCUACCAUUACAUGACAAUGCUCAAGACGCUGCUAAAGACCGCGACGGCGUCAAUGAAGGCGGCCGACGUGAAGGAAGUUGCGUCGGCUGUGACGGUCAUCGCCAACGAGAAGUUGAAAGCGGAGAAGGACUCGGCCGGGAAGAAGAAAGGAGGAGCGAAGAAAAAGCAGCUCCAUGUUGACAAAGCCGACGAGGACAAUUACUCGACGGCGUAUGACGACGUCGACGAGUUCGAUUUCAUGUGAAUUUGGAGCGACGACGAACAAAAGACUGCGAAAAGUUUUCGAGGAAGCGGCGACGCCAAUUUGCCAAAUCGUUCCUUCGUCCCGUUCGUCCGUUCUCGUUCUCCAUUCUCGGGAGCGUUUUUUUGUGAAAGAUGAUGAACAGCUUAAAAAACACAGAGUUCUCUUGCGUUA